AUCAAAGCAAGGACGCCUGUUUUCUUCUACUCUAAAUACAAUGGGCUGCUCGCGUGUAAAUCUCCUAAAGCCGGAAGUACUCUUUUGGGUGCAUUGGUCAGGGCACUGACACGGAAAAGUGAUAACGAGGUUUUCGACAUGUUUUUACUGGGACGAAAUGAGAUCCACAAUGGCUUGAACGAAGUUUUCGGUCCGAUGACGGCCAAGGUGAUCAAGGAAUCCGCGCUGACUGUCAUGGUUACACGUGACCCGUUUUCAAGGUUGUAUUCUACAUUCAUUGAUAAAUAUUUUCUACUCGGACGUCUUGGUAGGGAAAUAGCAACCCAUCUCAAGCGUGGCUUUAAAGAAGAAAACGAAGACUAUUGUGGAUAUGAUGUAACAUUUCAAGAAUUUCUAGACUAUGUUGUUUAUCUAGCUGAAAACAUGGUGGAAAUGAACGAACACAUGGUUCCCGUAGCUCAACUUUGUGACGUUUGUAAUAUAAAGUAUGAUCUGGUUUGUCGGCAGGAGAACCUUACACAGGGUGCAGAAGAAGUAUUAAGGUUGACAAAUAAUGUCACCAGCAGCAGAUUGGAUGCUAUGCGCAAGUCGAUGACGUCGAAAUAUGCGUCUGUUUUUACCCUGGUGUCUUCACACCUUUUUGACUACAACAACAAUCGACAAGACUGUCCAAACAAAAUGAUUUUUAUGGCAAAAAUGUGGAAAACUUUUGCGAUUCAAGGAUUAGUGAAUUCUGGAUUAGACUUUCCAGAGCAUAUAUUUUCACAAUUUUCAUUUGUUGCGCGCGAGGCACAUAAUAUAACGUCUGCCAUUUUACAAGUGACAAAGUCUAAACCGUUAUCGAAAGUGAAUCGACGUCUGCAGAGGCUUAAGUUUCUCUCGGAAGCUUACCGUGACAUCAGGUGGCAGACGAUUGCUAAAUUACAAAAAGUGUAUUAUUUAGAUUUUCUGCUGUUUGGAUAUUCAAAACUUCCACCAACGUAUUACAGUGAAAGAUAA